AUGCAGGCCCUGGAGCAGCAGAUGGAAGGGGUGAGGGCCCAGCUCCAGGAGCUGGAGGAUGAGCUUUAUGCCAUUGAGGUAGCCAACCUGUGGCAAGAGGUGAAGCUUCUGGCCUUGAAGGUGCAGGACCUAAGGGCAGAGCUGGAGAAGGAGAGGACCCAGCGCUCAAUGGCUGUGGCUGCUAGGAAGAAGCUGGAGAUGGACCUGAAGGACCUGCAGGCCCAGAUUGACUCACCCAACAAGAACAAUGACGAAGACACUGAAGAGGUUCAGAAGCUGCAGGCCCAGAUGAAGGACUGCAUGAGGAAACUGCCGGGGGUGCAAUCCUCCCUUGACGAGAUGCUGGCGAAGGCCAAGGAGAACCGGAAGAAGCGGAAGAGCAUGGAGGCCAAGAUGAUUCAUCUGCAGGAGGUGAAAGGCAACCUUGAGAAGGACAAGCAGACCCUGGAGCAUGAGCGAGGGGAGCUGGCCAAGGAGGUGAAGGUCCUCCUGCAGGGAAAACAGGACUCAGAGCACAGGCGGCAGAAAGCAGAGGCCCAGCUGCAGGAGCUGCAGGUGAAGUUCAAGGAGGAAGAGCAAGUGCGCACACAGCUGCAGGUGGAGCUGGAAAGAGUGACGGGCCUUCUGAGGCAGUCUGACAGGAAGUGCAGCCAGCUCACUAAGGACGUCUCCACUGUGGAGUCCCAGCUGCAGGACACACAGGAGCUGCUGUGGCAAGUGGACUGGCAGAAGCAGGGCCUGAUCACCCAACUGCAGCAGGUGGAAGAGGAGAGGAGGUCCCUGAAGAAGCAGCUGGAGCAGGAGGAGGAGGCCAAGCACAACCUGGAGAAGCAGGUGAGUGACUUGAAGAAGAAGAUGGAGCAUGGUGUAAGGUGCCUCGAGAUUGCCAAGGAAGACAAGAGCACACUGGAGAAGGACAUGGAGGGGCUGAGACAGCGCUACAAGGAGAAGGUGGCCGCCUACGACAAGCUGGAGAAGGACAGGACACGGCUGCAGCAGGAGCGGCAGAGACUGUCUGACCUGGAGAAGAAGCAAGUAAAGUUUGACCAGCUCCUGGCCAAGGAGAAGACCAUCUCAGCCCAGUAUGCCGAGGAGCGGGACCGGGCUAAGGCAGAAGCCCGUGAGAGGGAGACCAAGGCGCUGUCACUGGCCCGGGCCCUGGAGGAGGCCAUGGAGCAGAAGGCAGAGCUGGAGCAGCUCAACAAGCAGUUCUGCACGGAGAUGGAGGACCUCAGGAGCUCCAAGGAGGACCUGGGCAACACAGACACUGAAGCAGGGAUCUCGGGGGCCUCUUGUCCCUCUGCUCAUGACUCUGGUUCCUUCGGGUGGCAGGUCCAUGAGCUGGAGAAGUCGAAGCGGGCCCUGGAGCAACAAGUCAAAGAGAUGAAGACCCAGCUCGAGGAGCUGGAGGACCACCUUCAGGCCACCGAGGAUGCCAAGCUUCAGCUGGAAGUGAACCUGCAGGCCAUGAAAGCCCAGUUUGAGAGAGACCUGCAGGGCCGGGAUGAGCAGAGUGAGGAGAAGAAGAAGCAGCUGGUGAGACAGGUGCGGGAGAUGGAGGCAGAGCUGGAGGAUGAGAGGAAGCAGCGCUCUAUGGCCAUGGCUGCUCGGAAGAAGCUGGAGAUGGACCUGAAGGACCUGAAGGCCCAGAUUGACACUGCCAACAACGACCGUGACGAAGCCAUCAAACAGCUACGGAAGGUGCAGGCCCAGAUGAAAGACUACAUGCGUGAGCUGGACGACAGGUGUGCGUCCAAUGAAGAGAUCCUGGCACAGGCCAAGAAGAACGAGAAAAAGCUGAAGAGCAUGGAGGCUGAGAUGAUUCAGCUGCAGGAGGAACUGGCAUCUGCUGAGCGUGCCAAGCGUCAGGCCCAGCAGGAGCGGGACGAGCUGGCCGAUGAGAUUGCCCACAGCAGUGGCAAAGGGGCCCUGGCAUUGGAGGAGAAGCAGCGCCUGAAGGCUCGCAUCACCCAGCUGGAGGAGGAGCUGGAGGAGGAGAAGGACAACACGGAGCUGGUGAUCGACAGGCUAAAGAAGGCCAACCUGCAGAUUGAUCAGAUCAACACUGACCUGAACCUGGAGCGCAGCCACGCUCAGAAGAACGAGGAUGCCAGGCAGCAGCUGGAGUGCCAGAACAAGGAGCUCAAGGUCAAGCUGCAGGAGAUGGAGGGCACUGUCAAGUCCAAGUACAAGGCCUCCAUCACUGCCCUGGAGGCCAAGAUCGCACAACUGGAAGAGCAGCUGGAAAAGGAGAUCAAGUAG